CACGACAUACCUACUGAUUACUCAAGGCAGUGCUUAUUUUUUACAUUUUCUUUAUACUUUAAAUCUGCCUAAAAAUCGUUUCUUGAAAUAAACCUUGUCGCUCUAUUACUCGAACACAGCGUGUGGAACAGGACUGACGACGAUAUUGGUGACAGGAGUGUUGUUACAGCACGCGCUCUCAGCGAAGGUGAGUCGUGCAGCUGUGGCGGAUUCUUUUUGAAGACGGUGUUUUAGAUUUAACAGAGACGACGUGUUUCGUUAGUAACGGGAGACCUCUAUCAAGCCUGUGUAAUUCCUCUGCACGUCGACUGAUAAGCGGUAUCCCCCUGUAAAGCAAGCACUCGUGAAGAAGAAAUGCUCUUCUUCACCAGUUUGCUGAUGGGGUUGUGACUGUGACCCUUGAAGAUAUGGUUUGCAGUGAGCAGAGUUCUGGCAUGUCGGUGCCCAAAAAGGAGACCCAGAGCCGCAAGAAGAGGAAAUCCCGUCCUCAGGGUCUGCCCUCUCCAGCCCUGUGCUGUGCAUGUGGAUUGUGCAUUAUGUUGGCAGGCAUCAACAUCACCUUGGUGGGCGCCUUUGCCUUUAGCACACUUGUGCCCUCCAGCAAUCCUCCAAUCAUCAUCGGACCUAUACUUCUACUGGUGGCGUUUUCCUUCUUCGGGGCUUGUUGCAUCUGCAGUCGGUUGCCUCCUCCUCAAAGCUCUCGCCGGUCCAAGGGAGGUGGUGGUUUGGGCUUCAUGGGUCGAGGAGCAGGUGGGUUGGGUGGAGGUGCAGCAUUUGAGAUUGAAACCAGUGAGCACACGAUGCAGGACACCACAGCCGUGCAGCUCAGCCCCACCAACUCACCCUGCUCCUCUCACGCGUCCAGUCCAGAGAGAGAGGCUCCGGCCAAUGCCGCCAAUGCGACCCUUCCUGCCCCAGAGUACGUCCCUCCAAAAGCCUGCAAGCUCUUCACCAUGGAGUCAAAUGGACCCAAUUCAGCUUUGGCAGCAUUUUCGGCUUCUACAGGGGGUGGAGGGGCGGUCCGACUCACUUUGCCCUCAGACUGCACUGCCACAUAAGGCUGCCAGUUUAGGUUGCUCUCUGGAGAAAGGCUGGUAUUACAUUGUGUAAAUAGGUUUGCAGAGAGGACGACAGCACUUUGUGUUGAGAAUUCUUUGUCACAGCUGGCAUGAGCCAUGAGGUGCAACAACAGAGAACGUUCCUGCGAGGGCCAUGCUAUGUGUGUCUAAUAAAAAUGACAGUUGUAUGUGAGAAUCAUAUGAGGAGCUUUGAAUUCUCUUAUGCUCCCAUACUCGGAGAGAGAGAGCCUUGAAAGUUGAAUCACUAUGGUGUGUUUCACAUAUUCACACUGUGCCACUGUUACUCAGAGCGUUCACAGUUACUGUGCUCAAAAGAGACAGAAUCAGCUGUUGUGUAAAGAUGGCUUUGGAGAUGAGCCAAAGAAACAGAACCAGUUGCUCAGCAGAGAGGAACACUGAGGAUUGAAAUGUCAGUGCAAAGACCAAAAAACUCUAUAGUAUGUUAACUGUGUUUUUAAAAUCUGAAUUCAACCAUGGCUAAACUGCCUUGCCAUGGCACAGAUGUUGUAUAUUUUCUCUUAAAUAUGUCAGUGUUUUAAGUCAGUUCAAUGCUAAAAUACAUUUGGCGGUAAGUGGUCCUUUUUUGAUGACUCUCCAAGACCAAGUGCUUUGUUUUUCGGAUGCUCAAAUAAGUAGUGACACUGUGUAAAAUCACUGCCAUUUUCUAUUUAAUCACAUGACUCUUGAAAAUGAGGUUACUAAGCAGUGCCGACAAACUGCAGAGUAAAAACAACUCAAUUUCCGCAUGGAAAUAAUGCAUUAAGGUUAGAUUUGCCUCACACUGUGCAUCAUAAACAACAAAUGUGCAUAUAAGCAUACCCAUUUACUGAGCUGUACUCCUACUUUUGUAUACAUUAUUUAAUGAAGCAACAGCCCAUUUAUCUUGAAAGAAAAAGCCGCAGUACUGUUCUUAAACAUGCCCUUCAUCACUGACCUGCGCUGAUGGCUCAAGCCAAACAGUAAAACAAUUUCCGUCAUGUUGAUUCUAUUAGAGAGGUCUACUAAGGCAACUUUCUUUGACUCUGUGACAGAGUCGACAACACACGUAAAAAAAGCAAAGGAUAUCAUCCAUUUACCUUAAACCAUUGCAACAAUGCGGAUGAUCAAAGAAAGCUUGCAAAAGUAAUGGAGGUUGCAGAUGGAAUAGUUUACCCAAAUGUGAAAUGCAGUUUCAUUGUAUGGAAAAAAGAAGCAAUGAAAGUGAAUGGUGACUGCUGCUUACAUUUUGUGGAACAUCUCCUAUUGUGUUCCACAGAAUAAAAAGUUGUACAGGUUUUGAAAAACAUGAGGGUGAGUAAAUGAUAACAGAUUUUUUCUCUCCAAACACUUUACACAGUUUUUGGCAAGUUUCCCCUCUGUUAUCAUAUUCAUCACUUCAAAACAGCAGAAAGGGCUGAUUUAUCUGAUUAUAUAAUUCUGAACUUUAUGUUUUCUUUCAUUUUUUGAGUGCCAAUGCAUCUGCCAUUAUGUCAUUGUAGUAAUUACAUUCUUAAUAUGUACCUUUAUCUGUAUAAUACAUCGCAGUAUGUUUAUGUUUAUUUGGUAAAGCGCAUCAUGAACUGCACACAUACAAAAAGCACACUGUUGCCAUUGUAAAAACAACAACAACUUUAUAGUGUUUUUUAAUUCAAGAGCAACAUUAAAUCCAAAACUCAAUGGUCCGCCUGUUUGUUUCAAGAGUGUGAACUUUCUAGGUGGGAAUUAUCAUGAAAAGAAGAGAUGUAGGACAGUUCAACUCUGGAAACAUUGUCGUCUUUACAUAAUGUUGGACUCUAUGGACUGAUUAUGUCCCGCCUCGUUUUGUAUGCUGCUACUUGCCAUCUAUACAUCUGCUGUACCAGAGUCUGAAUGAAUUGAAUGCUGCCUUAAUGACUGUGAUCUCAGGAUCAAACCAGUGAGGGCUACUCAAAUGUCCACUGAGAACAUUUGAUCAUGUGCUAUUAUUGUACUUGUGUACACUGUUGUUGUGUUGUUUAUUCUUUUCUGUCAUGGAUGUUCUUACAAAGGUGGUAUUUGAUUGGAGAGAGGUGCACUGAGUUGAGGUUUGAUAAUGAUUUACAUUCUUCUUCUUCUUGGCAAUAAGCCAUGUUGAGUAAAAUUACAUAUGAAUGGUGACUUGUUAUAAGUAUUGCUGGAACUAAAAAACAAAAUCAUUACAAAAUUAAAUUGUGUUUUUGUAAAUUGCAAACAUUAUAAUUAUACACAGCUUAACUCCCACUCACAUAAUUCAGUUAGAAUUGUGUCCACACCCGUUUCGACUGCAGACUUUACAUUUUCUAAAGAUUUCUCUUCGUUCUUUUAAACAUGUAUGUAAAAAUAUUACAUUAGAAUAUUAAAUAUUGUUGGCAUGACAGAAUAUACAU